UUUCGCAAUCACAAACUUGCAUGGCACACAGAGGUCUCCAAACUGAGCAAGGUGUAUGGCCCGGUGUUUACCCUAUGGAUCGGUCCCUUACCAUUCGUGUUCAUAUGCGACCUCGAUAUGGGUCGCCAGGCGUUUACUAAAUGUGAAUUUUCCGGUAGAAUCGACAUAAAAUACGCGAAAUCAAAGGCAUUGUCUGAAGUGGUGGACGAAAAUGUACGCCAAAUGAUUGACAAUAUUACUAGAGAUGUAGCCAUUAAUACACCAUUUAAGCCAAAACUCUAUUCAUACAACAUGUUUGUCAAUAUUAUGGGCGACGCCAUGUUUAGCAAAAAGAUUAACAACAAUCAAGAUGUGAAAAUGAAAAUAAAGUAUACGAUAACAGAUUUCCACACCGACCUAGGUGCAUUGCUAUUUAUUUACCAGUUUGUGCCGGUGUUACGAUAUUUGAUGGCAAAUCCGAUGGCUAAAUACAGGCAAUACUUCAAUGAUUUGAUGAAUUAUACGCGAGAUAUAUACCAAACACACGACAAGACUCACGACUGCGAGAGUUUGCGUGACUUUUGUGAUAUACUUAUCGCCGCUAAACACAAGGCAAUUGCCAACGAGAAACAGACGGCACCUUAUCUUACCGAUGAUAACCUACCGGCGGCUAUGGUUGACAUGUUAAUAGGUGGCACUGAAACUACCCAGACCACAUUCCUAUGGUCUCUGUUAUUUAUUGCAUUUUACCCUGAUUAUCAGGAUAAGUUACGCGAUGAAAUUAACAAUGAACUUGGUGAUUGUAUGCCUGUCAUUGAGGAUAAAUCGAAACUAAACUACACGAUGGCGUUUAUAUCGGAAAUAUUGCGAUACAAAAAUCCAUUUCCAAUUGGUGUUCCUCAUAAAAUGUUAGAUGACAGCAAACUAGGUGAUUUUACUGUGCUUAAAAACACCCUGAUUGUUUUCCAUCAAGCAAGCGUUAUGACUGACCCGAAGUAUUGGACAAAUGCUGACAAAUUUGAACCCGAUAGAUUUCUUGACAAUCAUGGGCAGUUUUUAAAAACAAAACCAACAGCUUAUAUACCAUUUAGUUACGGUCGCCGUACGUGCCUGGGUGAAUCGCUUGCUAUUAACAACUUAUUUUUAGUGUUGGUCAGAUUUAUACAAUUGACAAAUGAAUAUCGCAUGGAACUUUAUAAUGAUCAUGAUAUUCAGCGCACACUAGAUGCAUUUGAGCCCGAACUAGAUAGUGUAUGGCUACAAAUGCCUAAGCCGUAUCAAAUAAUAUUCAGAUCAUUA